AAAAGAGAAAGAAAGAAAGAAGGUAAGAGAAUUCAUGUCUGCAAUGAACGUGCACAGUGAAGAAUGAUUAAUGGCCAAACGUGUCACUUUCAACUAUAACUUUCUAUCAGUGCAUAGAAAAGCUGAAUUUGUAGCAAAGACUAAUGAGAGCAAGAGAGAAGAAGGUCUGAGAAAAUGGAAGAAAGCAAAGGAAGAGUGUGUGUAACAGGAGGAACAGGUUUCAUCGGUUCAUGGAUUAUCAAGACCCUCCUUCAAGAAGGUUACUCUGUUAACACCACAGUGAGGCACAAUCCAGAACAGAAGAAAGAUGUCAGCUUUCUCACCAGCUUACCAGGAGCAUCUCAAAGGCUGAAAAUUCUGAGUGCUGAUCUCAGAAAUCCAGAAAGCUUCAGUGCAGCCAUUGAAGGGUGUGUUGGAGUGUUCCAUGUUGCUACCCCAGUUGACUUUGAACAGAGAGAAGCAGAAGAGGUAGUGACCAAAAGAUCCAUUGAUGGUGCAGUUGGGAUUUUGAAGGCAUGCCUGAACUGCAAGAGUGUGAAAAGAGUUGUUUACACCUCUAGUGCCUCUGCUGUGGUUUUCAAUGGCAGAGAAGAACAAGUGAUGGAUGAAAGCUCUUGGACUGAUGUGGAUCUUCUCAGAGCUUCAAAGCCAUUUGCAUGGUCUUAUGCAGUUUCAAAGACACUGACAGAGAAGGCAGUGCUUGAAUUUGGAGAACAAAAUGGCUUGGAUGUUGUCACACUAAUUCCAACUUUUGUUUUUGGACCCUUCAUUAGUCCAAAGCUUCCUGGCUCUGUUCAUGCUUCAUUGAAAUUUGCAUUUGGAGAAAAAACUACAUUUGGUUCCCUCCUUGAGAUUCCUAUGGUACAUAUGGAUGAUGUGGCUAGAGCACAUAUAUUUCUGCUGGAGAAUGAAAAUCCAAAAGGGAGGUAUAAUUGUUCAAAAUGUUUGGUUACUUAUGAAACAAUCUCUGAACUUGUUUCUGCCAAAUACCCAGAAUUUAAGCCAGAGACAGUAGACUGUUUCAGCAGAAGAGAAGGUAUGAAGUUACCAGAUUUAUCAUCAAAGAAGCUCACAGAUGCUGGAUUUGUGUUCAAGUAUGGAGUUGAGGAGAUGCUUGAUGAUGCAAUUCAAUGCUGCAAGGAAAAAGGGAUUUCUCUUAAGGAAUAAUAUGUACCUUUUUAUGUCAUAUAUGAGGAUGGUUAUCCAUAAAUAUGCUACCAUCUGAAAAAUAUGAUCGAUCUUGAAAAGGAUAAUGAUAUUUUGACUACUAAAUUUUGAUAACUUUUUCUUAUAACAUGAGGUGUCAUCUUCUAAGUGGUUUUGGAAUAUUGAAAAUGAGAAAAUGGAAAUAUGAAAAACCACUUAAAAAACACCUAAGUUUAUAAGAGAAAGUUAUAAAAAUUUAGUAGUCAAACAAUUAUUUUUCAUUUGAAAAAUGGUUCAUGUUUGGACAUUAUGCUUUUGGGAUCAUAAUAGUGCUGUAAUUUUGACAAAUUUAUGUUCAUAUGUUUCGUUGAAG